AUGAAGGGAGAGAUAAAUGGUCUCAAAACUUUAAUUAUGAAAGAUAGUCCUUUGGCGUACUAUAUUCAUUAUUUUGCACAUCAAUUGCAACUAACACUUGUAGCUAUUGCUAAAAAACAUGUGGAAGUUGAAGACUUUUUUUAUCAUGUUACUAAUGUGUUGAAUGUAGUUGGACGAUCUUUUAAACGUCGAGAUUUACUUCAUCAUCACCAAGUCAAAAAUUUGAAGCAAUUACUUGAGUCCGGUGAAGCUCAUACCGAACAAGGAUUAAAUCAAGAGUGUGGGCUUCAAAGACCGGGUGAUACUCAUUGGGGAUUAUAUUUCAAAACAUUGGAUAACUUUCUAGUUAUUUUUUCAUCCAUUAUUCAUGUGCUUGGAGUGAUUGAAAUUGAAGGUUCUACUUCAAGUUAUAGAAAUCAAGCGGAAUAUCUUUUGACAAAGGUUAAAACAUUCAAAUUUGUUUUUAUGCUUCACUUGAUGUUGAAAGUGUUGGCCAUGUCAAAUGAGUUGACCAAGAUUUUACAAAAAAAAAAUCAAGAUAUUGUUAAUGUCGUGGAGUUUCUUAACAUCUCAAAGAAAAGAUUGCAAGAUAUGAGAGAGAAUGAGUGGGAAUCUUUGUUAAAUGAUGUUUCUUCAUUUUGUGAUUCACAUGAUAUCUUGAUUCCCAAAUUAGAUGAGCCUUAUUUUCCCGUAAAGUCAAGCUUGAUUUUGAUUUUACCCGUCGCUACGGCAACUGUUGAAAGAGCAUUCUCUUCCAUGAAGCACAUAAGAAAUGAAGUGCGAAAUAGUAUUGGUGAUCAAUAUUUAAAUGAUUGUUUAGGAUGUUACAUAGAGCGUGAUGUAUUUGCAAAUGUAAGUAAUGAUGUCAUUGUUGAUCGUUUUCAGAAUAUGAAAACUCGUUGUGGGCAAUUGUAA